AUGGCUCCGGUGAAGAAGAUAAUAUUCAAAACAAAGGAUGAAAUGGCGGUGGAGCUAGCUAAAUACACGGCGAAUCUCUCCUCAAAAUUCUGCAAAGAAAGAGGAAUUUUCACCGUUGUUCUCUCCGGCGGUGACCUUAUCUCCUGGCUCUGGAAACUGUUGGAACCUCCUUAUAUUGAUUCCAUUGAAUGGUCUAAGUGGCACAUCUUUUGGGUCGAUGAGAGGGUUUGUGGUUGGGAUAAUGCCGAUAGCAACUAUAAACUCGCCUACGACGGUUUUCUCUCUAAGGUACAUAUAUAA